ACAGCAUUUAAAAAGCCCACUGAUUCUUAUUUAUUACAAAAGCUGACCGCUGAAAUUCAUUUUGUUUUUCGAGCUGACUAGUAGAGACACUGAAAUGUUGCUUCAACGCAUGUUCGCUUUGUUGUUCCUCAUCUCUUCAAGUCCGAUUGUGUUGACAGACUGGUGUGAAGGCAGCUAUCGAUGUCUGGCUAAUUAUAUAGUUGCUAAGAAUAUAAAAACUCCACCACAGGAGAUAGGAUGUUUUUUUUCAGUAAUAAUUACUUCACUGCAAUACGAGACAUUGUCUUUUGAUACAAAAGACCUGCAAAUGAGUAGUCGUGUCAAAAUAAACAUGAGGUGGACGGACUUAGCGCUACAGUGGACAGAAGAAACAUCUGUUGCUAGAGAAAUUAUAUUACCAGUCGACAAAAUCUGGACCCCUGGGCUAGUUUUGGAUAAUGCGAUAGAUGCAACCACAAAGCCAUACACUGAUGAUGUAGUUGUGAGUAGUGAUGGAACUGUGAACCAUGCUGUUAUUCUGCUCAUAGCAGUGAACUGUGAUAUCAAGCUAUUCACCUAUCCCUUUGUGAGCGGGCAAUGUCUUGUGGCCAUCAAUGGUUGGAGAAAUGGUGAUUGUGGGAUUAUAUUACAAUAUCCUCGAAGUGUAACUACGUUGGGAGGAAGUCUAAGUGGAGAGUGGAUGACUGAGAAAGUGGAAAUAGCAAAAGAGAGUGACAUGGAAAACCGCAAAUAUCUUUUGGUCACUUUAUCUAUCAAUCCCUUCAGUGCAGUUGUGACCCUGAUACUACCCAGUGCACUAAUAAUGCUCGCUGAUCUGGUGAGCUUUUCUCUGCCAGUUCAAGGAGGAGAACGCAACAACCUUAAGGUCACCUUGGUGCUGAGCUUCACAAUGUUUCUCUUCAUCCUCAAUGAUCGUCUGGCAAGUGGUGGGGAAUGCACCCCUCUCCUCCAUUAUCACUUCUGCUUCUGUCUGGUUAACCUGGUACUCAGCAUGGUGAUGUCUUUAGUGCUGACACAUCUGACGACUGCUGACAACUUCUUGACUUUUAAAUGUUUAAAGAGAUUCAGAAGACAAAAUAUCCAUCUGGAACAAAGAGAAGCAGAUGCUGGCAUGAAAAAACAGUCAAGUGGUUCAGCUAAGGCUUCGCUACAAAAAAUUGUUAACUUUCUGGAAAACGUGGAGCAAAAAGAGCAAGUGGCAAACAGCAAUGAAGCUUUUGUAAACUACUUGGAUAAAUUCUGUUUUUGUUUUUUUCUAUUUAUUGACAUCCUUUACCUGGUCAUUAUUGCUAUUGUCACAAGAACAAACUUGUGCACAACCCAAAAGAUUAAGAUCUGGGAUUAUGAGCCUAUUUUCAUUGUCGGUGAACCCGAAUAUCCGCACAAUGGCACAGAAUAUGUAGAUUAUUAAAUUCCUCCUCCAGUGGUUUGAUGCAUGAAACAAAAUUUGAUAUUGUUAUACAUGAAACUUUUUAAUUAUAUAUAUAUAUACUCUUUUAAAUAUAUAGAUAGAACUCUUUUAAAUAUAUAUAUUUUUAAAUUUAGAUAUUUAAGUGAUUAUUUAAGUGUUGAUAGAACAUGAUUGCUGAACAUCUGCUGUGAACAAGCAACUAACUUUUACUAAUCCCUCAAGAUUGCAAUUGCAAUCAGUCUGACUUUGUAAAACAAUCUUACUGAUAAGAGUUUAAUAUUUUAUUUAAUAUAUUACGGAAUGGUAAAUUCUCUUUUAAAAGUUUUUUAAAAACUCUUCAGAUUAUUACAGCACUGCUAGAUUUGAAUAGGAACAGCUAAUAUAAUUAUCACGUAUCAAAUUUGUGGGAUCAAGUUCACGCCUAAAGUAUCGUGGUCGCAGAUAGAAAAAUGCCAACACAAUCUCACGGCAAUUCGUAACUUUUUGAAUUAGUGGCUAAUUCGUACGAAUUCGUACGAUCUAAUUCGUACAAUUUAGUACGAUUUGCUCAUCCCCCAAUGACGGCUGGGUUUAGGGGUGGGGUUAGGUGCCACGCCUCCUUUUUAAAAUCGUACAAUUUCGUACGACUGAACUCGUACGAAUUCGUACGAAUUAGCCACUAAACUGUCAAAACGUAAAAUACUUACGUUUUCUCGUGAGAUCAGACUGAAAAUGCAUGUAAAUCCAAAAAUUGACAUUGUGUGUAAAAUUGUAAAGCACAACAGCUAAAACUAAAGGCAGAAUAAGUAACAAUGAGGUCGCGUACGAAAAGAUAAUGAACGUGUUUAGACAAAAUAAUUUUUUUCUGAUGAUAUUUGAAUGUAUUGUGUGCUUACGGUCUUUUCCCCCUAUGCUCUUGUUUCCACAUUCUGUACUUGAAUUUCCAAAACAUUGGCUAGAGGAGCAACUGUAAGUCUCGACUAGUGGACCAAUGAGAACGCAACAAGAACAAAGGGGAAAAGAGCAUGAGCACACAAAACAUGCAAAUAUGAGCAGCAAAACAGAUUUUGCCUAAAAUAGUUUUCAUUUUUGAUUCAUGCUUAUUAUCUUUCCGUACGCGACGCGUUCUUUCUUAAUCUGCGUUAAGUUUUCAAUUUUGCAUGUUAUAGUUUUACACGUGAUGUCAAUUUUUGGAUUUACGUGCAUCCGCGACCACGAUACUUUAUGCGGGAAUUUGAUCCCAAACAAAUUAUCACAUAGUUUAAUUCAUGACACAGACAAGGAGUGAAAUUUUAUAUACAAUUUUUAAUUUCAUCAAUGCUUAGCCAGCAGUGGUUAUAAUUAAUAACUAGAUUGAUAGAGUUAUGAAAAUGUUAUAAAUGUUAUAAAAAUAUAGCACAGUGAGAACAUGCAAACUCUCCACAGAAAUCCCAGCGACCUUACUGUGAGGCAACAGCGGUCACCACAAGAUAUUCAAUAUGCUAUAUUUGAUUAACAUGAUUUCCACAAAGGCUGAAACUGCUUGUUAGCAUCCAGUGUUCAUCAUCAGCACUCAAUUAAUUAAUCACAACAAUUUAAUUUAGCACUGUAAACAACUUAAUUGGACACUGGAGAUAUUACUGUGUAUAUAAACUAACUAUUUUAUGCUUCUGGGCGUUUUGGGUGGAGGGCUUCUAAUUACAUUACCAAUGUAAUAGUUUUAUUCAUGUAAUAUUAUUACUUAUUGAAUUAUUAAAUUGUUUCAUUAAUACAGUAGUUCAUUAAAAGCUAAAUAUUGGGGUUCUGUUACAUUA